AUGUUCGUCCUCUGGCUUACGCUCUUCUUAGCAUCAAUAGCAACCUCAACCCCCACCACCGCCAACACACUCCCCUACACCCAAAAACAUGCACCAAAUUACACCGUCUUCACUCACGCCCCAACCGGCGCAACCCUCUCCUUCGUCAAUAACUCAGGAAUCUGCGAGACAACGCCGGACGUAAACCAGUACUCGGGGUACUUGUCCGUGGGCGAGGGCUUAAAUAUGUUUUUCUGGUUCUUCGAGUCCCGCCACACCCCCCAUUCCGCCCCCCUAGCAACAUGGUUCAACGGCGGCCCCGGCUGCUCGUCGAUGAUCGGGCUGUUCCAAGAAAACGGGCCGUGCCAUUUUCCGCUCGGUGGAGACUCUAACGAACCCGUGCGCAAUCCGUAUAGCUUCAACGAGGUUGCGAAUAUGCUGUAUAUUGAUCAGCCGGUUGGUGUGGGGUUUUCGUAUGCUGAUGCGGAUGGGAAUGAUGGCGCGGAGAUGAAUGUCAAUAGUACGGAGAGUGCGGCAGAGUAUGUGUGGGUGUUUCUGCAGGCAUUUUUUGAGGCGUUUAGGGUUUAUGAGGGGAGGGAUGUUGCUAUUUUCACCGAGUCUUACGGCGGCCACUACGGCCCCUCCUUCGCCAGCCAUAUUCAAUCCCAAAACGAACUCAUCCGCAACGGUUCUUUAUCUGGCGAAAUAAUCAACCUAGUAGCCCUGGGCAUAAACAACGCCUGGAUCGAUGCCGGCAUCCAGGAAAAAUCGUACAUCGACUUCGCAUAUAACAACACUUACCGCUCGUUGAUCACCUCCGCCCAACGAGACAAAUAUCUCUCCACAUACGAAAACACCUGCCUUCCCGCUGUCCACAACUGCACGAGUACAGGAACAGACGAGUCCUGCAGGACCGCGAACAGGGUCUGUUCGAACCAGAUUGAGGGGCCGAUUACUAGAGCUGCGGAUUUCAAUGUUUAUGAUAUCCGGAAACCGAAGAGUGAUCCGGAGCCGCCGGGUACCUAUAUGGGGUAUUUGAACCGGGAGGAUGUGAGGGGGAGGAUUGGGGCGAAGGGAGGAAGGUUCAGGGAGUGCGCGGGGGGUGUCACGUUGAAUUUUGCGAGGACGGGGGAUAAUGCAAAAACCCUCCUUCCAACCCUCUCCACGCUGAUCCAAUCCGGCCUGCAAGUCCUCCUCUGGGCCGGCGACGCGGACUGGAUCUGUAACUGGGUUGGGAACUACAAUGUCGCGAACGCUGUUAUCUUUGAUCGGCAAGAGGAAUUUAGGAGAAAGGAGUUGGUCCCUUAUACAGUGGAUGGCGUGGAGAGGGGAACGUUCAAGAGUGUUGGGGGGUUUACGUUUCUGAGGGUUUUUGGGGCGGGGCAUGAGGUUCCUUAUUAUCAACCGGAAACGUCGCUGCAGGUUUUUAGACAGGUUUUGGAGGGGAGGGGGGUUUAUUCGACUUAG